AUGAUGGAAGAUCCAAAGAUGCUCGUGGUUUGGUUUAUGCUCUCUUUACUUCUCGCUCUCGUAACAGCUGUUCCAGAAGGCGAGUCUUUUACGUUGACAGACCUCCUUCAACCAAAUUCUCAUCAACGGCUCUUUGACACGUUGUCCGCUAUCGUUGAAAGCGAGUACAGGGAUAGGCCAGUAGCCUUCGAUGCCACGAGAGUCAUUGAGCAUGAUGUGCCGUCAUUUUCCAUCAAGAAACUCAAUGAGAAGUACAGGUAA